CCACAACCGGACACCAGUCAGGCAGUCACUGAUCAAGCUCCACAACCCAUCAGUAAACCAAGCAGCCACUCACUCUCAGGUUGUUACGGCAGAUCAUCAAGAUCGAAGCAUGGGAUCCAUCACUGCAUCGACGACGGCAAAGCCCAUCCUCCGUGUGGCCGCCAUCUCCGGCUCCCUCCGCAGCAACUCUUGGCACGUCGGCCUCAUCCGCGCCGCCGAGGAGCUGUGUGAGGAGUCCAUCCCGGGGCUGCGCAUCGACCACGUCGACAUCUCCGACCUGCCAAUGGCCAAUCCAGACCUCGAGACUAACGGCGGCGACGGCUUCCCGCCGGCCGUGGAGGCGUUCCGCGACAGGAUCACCGCCGCCGACUGCUUCCUCUUCGCCUCGCCAGAGUACAACUACUCCGUAACCGGCUCGCUCAAGAACGCGCUGGACUGGGCGUCGAGGGGCACGCACAAGUGCUGGGCGGACAAGGCGGCGGCGAUCGUCUGCGCGGGAGGCGACUUCGGCGGAGGCAGGGCGUCGCUCCACCUGCGCGAGAUCGGGAUAUACCUCGACAUCCACUUCAUCAACAAGCCGGAGCUCCACAUCAGGGCGUACGAGCACCCGCCCAAGUUCGACGGCGAGGGGAACCUCAUCGACGCCAAAGCCAGGGAGCGGCUCAAGAAGGUGCUCCUCUCGCUGCAGGCCUUCGCGCUCAGGCUCCAACACAAGGAGAACUGAGUGAAGAACUGAAGAUCGAAUAAAUUGGGCACCAGAGCUACCUACAUAGUCUGCAUUUCCGUGGACGUGAUCACCUUUAGCUUGGGCUAUGGCCCUGGUUUCGUUAGUCUGAGGCUCUCAGCAAUUUUUUUACUUCGUAUUCGUGUAACUGUAUUUUGUACUUCCGUAAAAUAAAAAGAUGCUUGUAAUAAA